AUGGCGAUGUUGCACCGAGCUCUCUUCACCUGGUUCCUUCUGCUGGUGUUCCUCAUCCUGCUGGCCCUGCGCCUGGAUGACCGGACCAAGUGGAACUGGUUCAUUGUGUUCUUCCCUAUGUGGUUUUAUGAUGCCAUUUUAUUGGUGUACAUCAGCAUCCAUAUGAUCAAUGAGCUGCGGGCGGCUGUGUCGGGGACGGGCAACACCCACCACCGCACCCUGAGGCAGCGGGCUGCCAGCCUGCUGCAGAGGGUGUGGCCAUUGUUGGUAGUGGUGCUCAAGAUGGCUUUCAUGGUGGCCCUCUGCCUCAAGCUGGAGAACCCCAGUGCCAGUAUCUCCACCUAUCACGUGCUGCUGCCGCUAUGGAUCCUGCUUACCGGCCUGUGUGGUAAGGUGUUGCACUGCCUUGUCUUGCAGCAUCAGUACCGCUAUCCCUGAGAACCCCAGCAGCACUGUACCCUGCUACUGGUGCAAUGAAUGAUCCGUUCAUUUCCUGUUCUGUGUUAGGUUGUUGCUGCAAUAUAAUUUGCAAUCCAGUGUGUGUUGUCCUAUGUGCAGUGUAAAAAAUCUGCAAGGAGGUUUGAAAGGACCAAGUAUAAAUGCGUAUUUAUGUGAUAACUACUAACCUUUUGUGCCUGUGGGGGCUGCAUGAAGAAUUUAUUUGUUGUUUUAUAGGAGGAUCCCACAGGAUAAUAAACUGAGUUAAGCAA